AUGAAACUCAUAGUCACAGGCGCCACCGGAUUCGUAGGCACCGAGGUGCUCCGGCAAGCGCUUCGCAACCCGGAAAUCACAGAGAUCAUCGCUCUUGCUAGGAAACAUGUAGAUCCUCUCCAAGAUUCUGGGGAUGGCACGAGAAAGUUGAGGUCGGUUGUUCAUGAAGAUUGGACGGCUCUUUACUAUCCAUGGAUUGAGGAAUAUGGUGGAGUGUGUGAAGAGGCCGUUCAGGUUUGUGUAUACCUCUGGGGUUACGAUUGAGCGUGAUCAGAAUAAGGAACUUGCUUUCUUGAAGGAGUAUCGGAGGAUGAGUGUAUGUCCCUUUCCAUUCUCCCUCCUUCCCCUUCCUCUCCCUUCAGCCCUUCCCACACAACUUCACUCAUAACAUAACGCUCGACCCACAGGGCCGUACCGAAGCUCAGAUCCUGGACUUCGCGAAAGAAAAUGAGGGUGUAGAGGUUACGAUUACUAAACCGGCUGGGAUUGGGGGCCCUGGACGAGAGGGGGUUAAUGAGGCGAUGCGGCCGGUUUUUGCGGCCUUUGGGGAUGUGCCCGAGGUACAUGUUGAGGUGCUUGUUGGGGUUAUGUUGGGGGUUUGUGGGAGGGGAUGUGAGAGGGAUACGCUUUGGCCGAGGGAUUUGGUUGGUGGGGAGGGGGGUUUGUGA